GCAGGAAGGCAGGGCUGCGAGUCAGAGGGCCGGGGCAGCAGCAGAGAGAGAGAGCAGGACGGGAGGGAAGACAGCAGCCGGGUCACAGGAGUCCACCAGGCGUCCAGGAAACAGCCAGCGACUCAGGGCCUCCACCAAAAGAGGCGGGAGCACUUUGUUAUUGGAAAAGCUGACGAGGGAGCGAGGCAGCAGGGAGGGGAGAGGCAGAGAGUGACUUUGAGCUGGUCAGUGAAGGCCUCACGCAGCUUCUCAGAAACAACCCAGUCCCUGUUCCAUCCGCCUGACACCACUUCACUCUGUGCAGCUCACCGGGAGGCAGCGGGAGAAGGAAGGAGGAAACAAGAAAGCAAACAUGAUGACCCAGGAACAGUGCACUCAUAGGAACAAUGUCCAGAGUUCAGAGAAACCACAAGUGUACAAAGUGGGAAUAUACGGCUGGAGGAAACGCUGCCUUUACUUCUUCGUCCUGCUGCUGAUGAUCCUGAUCCUCAUCAACUUGGCGCUGACUAUCUGGAUCCUCAAGGUCAUGAACUUCACCAUAGACGGAAUGGGGAACCUCCGAAUCACAGACAAGGGCCUGAAACUGGAGGGAGACUCCGAGUUCCUCCAACCUCUCUAUGCCAAAGAAAUCCAGUCCAAACCAGGCCGCCCGCUGUUCCUGCAGUCGUCCAGAAACGUGUCGGUCAACAUCCUGGGCAGCAACAACCAGCUCCUCACGCAGCUCGUCACAGGAGCCCACGGAUUUAAAGCGCAGGGCAAGAUGUUUGAAGUCAAAUCCACCUCUGGGAAACUCCUCUUCUCCGCCGACGAGCAGGAGGUGGUGGUGGGCGCCGAGCGGCUCAGAGUGAUGGGGGCUGAAGGAGCCGUGUUCAGCAAAUCAGUGGAGACGCCGCACGUCAGAGCCGAGCCGUCCAAAGAGCUGCGGCUGGAGUCUCCCACUCGCUCCCUGAUCAUGGAGGCUCCGAAAGGAAUCCAGAUCCUGGCCGAGGCCGGGGACAUCCAGGCCAUCUGCAGGAACGAGCUACGCCUGGAGUCCAAAGAUGGAGAGAUUUCUCUGGACGCUCGCAGGAUCCGCCUGAUGCGGUUGCCGGAGGGGAAGGCCUCCACCAGCUCCUCGUCCUCCGGGACAAGGCAGACUGUCUACGAGGUCUGCGUCUGUCCCAACGGGAGGCUAUUCCUCUCCCAGGCCGGCACCGGGUCCACCUGCCAGAUCAGCAACAGCGUCUGCCUCUAGGACUGAAACCCAGAGAUAUGAGUAAACACAGAGGUAUCCUGAAGGACAGACAGACGAACACGCAUCGCCUGCCUCUCGGACUGAUUCAAACAAACACAGACACACACAGAGACUCCCAGAGCUGAUGGAUGAACAAUCACAGAUACUGUACCUCCACAGAUACAUUCAUGCUACAAUCACAACAACUCAGACUGAUGUUUAGGCUCAACUGAACCGUUUUAAAGAAACACAACCGAACAUUUUGAACUUUGUGCCAAUAUUUCAAUGCUAAAAAUAUUUUAUAUGAGAGAAACAGGCUUUGAAACGGCGUUCAGAGCAUCAUGGGACAUUAAACCUCUGCUCCAAGUCUCAUCAGCGUCUCAGCUCUUUGUACACACACUAGAUCAGAACAACACGACUUUUAAACUGAAUCAAAGGGAGACAUUACAGGUUUUAACAACUUUUUAAUACAAAAAUACAGUGAUCAAGUGAUCAAGGACGAUAUCGGUCCGACCCAAACAGACAACAUGACACACACAAAGCUGACACACACAAAGCUGACACACACACACACACAACAGAUAUGUCCACACACACACUCACUCUUUGCUCCUGGUGGAAACCGAGAGGAGAACCUACUGGAAGACACUGAUCUGUUCCUUUCUCUCCCUCAAAAACUCUUCAGUACCAGAAUCAUUAGGGUGAUCACCCCCUCCUCCUUUCUCCUCCUCCUCCUCACCUCCUCUUCUUCUUUUCCUUCUUUUCUAAUGUGGGACAGAAGGACAAUUUAUUAUUUAUUAUUAAUGCCGAAAACUGAGGAUGCCAUGGUCACGUCAUAUCACAUGUCCCUUGAUUAUUCAAAUUAGCAUCAGGGGAAUUAUUUGAUUUCAUAAUCAUGUUGUAGUGACGCAGCCUCUGAAGGAUGAAUUGACACACAGCACUGGUCAGUCCCCCGCCCUCUGCUAUCCCAUAAUGCCUCGAGAGGCCAUUUAAUUGCAAAUUUUAAAAGUGAACGUGUUCGGUGGGCCUUUGCCUUUGUGCUUCUUGAGAUAUGACAUGAACAUGGCGCCACUGGCUUCAGACAAACUUCAGCGAAUAAGAUGGAUUUAAUUUCAUGUGAUGACCGUUGAUGUUUUGUUUUUCCGUCCGUGCGUCCUCCUGACCACACAGCAUCAACCUCCUGCCGUCCUGACAACGAAGAAGACACCCUCCGGGAAUUCACUCGGACGAACUGGACGAAUGUCAUAAAUGUCCAACGUGCGCUGCUCCGACCGGGGCGAUGGUCACCCUACUAAUUUCUUGCACUGGGACAUUUUUUUCAAAAAACACACACUAAUGCGAGCCGCUCUGUUGAAAGAGGGGAACUGUGCCUGUGCCUUAUGUCGAUGCACUUGUGGCAAGAAGAAGCACAUCACACAGACUUUCUUUGGCAUCAGCGAGAAACAUGAUCUCUGAUUUCAGCCUCAUCCCCGUUUCAAACCGUCUCCUUCUGUGCGAAUGCAAAGACCUUCAGCCACGUCUGACCGUAGCUUCCAUCCCCCGCUGUCAGCGGCUGAUUCUGGAAAACGAUGUGAAACUUUCCUUUGUUGAAUUAACCACCGCGAGUUCGCCCCGUUUGAUGCACUGCUUCUUUUUCCUUUUCAUGAACAAAUAUCCUGUGUGGCCACAUGUGUGUGUUGCUGUUAACUUGUGAUCCUGUGGAGUUAAACAGGCACUGAUGGGUCUGAUCGCCACUGCUGAAUAAAAAUCACUUGGCCCAAAAACAUGUCCUUUAGUUUCACGCGAUUGUGGCAACGAAACUUUUCUUUGGUUCUGUUUGAACAACUCAAACCACUUGGUCAAGGGUCUUGUUAGAAUAUUUGAAAAGUGAUGUAGCCGUAAAGUAUUUCAGCCGUAGAUAUACAUAAUUUUUAAAUGUUAGAAAUAAGAGAUUUUAGUUAUUAUUAUUAUUAUUAUUAUUAUUAUUAUUAUUAUUGCAGCGAAAUACGGUUUUCUACGUGAAGGUUUAGUGAACUAGUGGCGUCCUGGUCAGAGAAUGAAGAAACACUUCCUCUGUGUUUAUUGGUGGUUUCCUUUUGAUAGAACUCAUGAGCUCGUGGUUACGAUGUGGGAGGUUCCGCUUAUGAGUCGACGCUAACAUGGACGCUAAUAUUAACAUUACUGUCACAGAGGCUAACAGUUUAGAAGCAAGCAGUCGGAUCACGCAAUGCAGUGACCGCUGAGGCAUAAAGACGGAACCCAAUCCAACGAACAGCCAUAAAUACCACUAGAGGGGGGGUGCUCUGAUUGACUCGUCCCAUGAGCAAAGUAAAUACAACCCAUUUGAAUGUUGCAGUGAGUAUAAAGUCACAUGACCUUACCAAAUACUUAAUUUGACAGUUAAUACUUUGCUGGCUUCUUUACAUCUACUUAAUUUAGGCUUAGAUCGAUGUUUCGAAGGUUUGCAUUGAUAUUUCCAACUUCCCAUUGUGUCAUGUAACGUUAUCAACCAGGAAAUGGUUGAGUGCUAACGUGGUAUUUUGACUUUUACUGUCCAUGUCUCGUCAGACGCCGAUUGGUCAGAUUUAGGCUCAUAAAAUCAAAGCACCCUGAACGUGACAUCGGAGGAAAAUGCAUCAUAAUUAGCAUCAUAAUGGAGCAAAAUUAAGUUUUGUCAAGUUUUAUCUCUGACAAAUAUGUAACACCGUGGAAAAACUAGAUGUUGUUGACCAAGUGGCUCGUGAUGCUGACCCCAGUCAAAGUAUCAUUCAGCCAUUUUGUAUCUUCUGCUGAAGUGUCACAUCCUUUUCAAGAGUCAGGUGCACCAAGCUUCUUCCUGUCGCUGCUUCUCAGUCACUGGAUAUUCAAGGACUCUCAGAAGUAUUUCACAACUAAAUCAACCGAUCUGAUGCUAUUUUUUGUUUUUGAAUAUAUGUACACAGGAGAAAUAAAUCUUUUUAUACGGUUGUAUAUGUAAAUAUUGUACACAAAACCGUGCGCCAGACAUUACGCGCCGACAAAAGAGAAACACUGCUCUUUUACAGAAAUGAAAUCCUUUUCUAUGAUGUACAUCAGUAUGUGUUUUUGUACAAAAAGGUUAUAAAAAAUACUGUUUAAGGAUAUCCAUUGAUCUAGCAUGUACAGCGAUGUAUACAAUGUUCCUCUGGGGAGAAGAUGCUGGGUUUGUUUUUCUGCCUCCUCCUUCCUGUACUCGUCCCUCCUGCUGAGCUCAGACGCUUCGUACAAACACAAACCCGCUUCCUUUCUGUUCUGCUGUCGCCGUUGUGUCGGGCCCGAGGUCUUUGCAUUCUCUCCACGUGUGCUGUGUCUACAUUGUGCUACUAUGAGUGAACUCUUUGGUUUUUUGUUCUUCUGCUCCACAGAAUGAUUCUCAGAAGCGAACGCAGCAAGGAAAACUCCAAAGAAAGUCUCGUAGGAGAUGAUGCACAGGGUUGAAACGGGAAAACGCUGCAAUUAUCAACUAAGGAAAAUACAGACGGAGAAUACUACAAAACAAAAUUAUGAAUCAUCAGUUUAAUGAUCAGAAGAACAUCAAUUGGACUAAAAUGUUUCCAUAACUUUGACAUAAGAAUAACAAAUAUUACCAUUGAUUUUACAUGUAAGUAACACUUAUUUGAAAUAAAGAUAAUUGCAAAUUAUUAAUACUAAUCUGCCAAUCUGCUAAUCUGCUCAAUCAGAAUUUCUUUAAAUGCGUAAUCUGCAUAUUUCUGACAUAGCGACACUUCUGAUCAUGUGGCUUCUCGUCACAUUGACCAGAUCCCGUUCUGUGAACAUUUCUUCCAACCCUGUGCGUUCGCCCUGAGUGUCUUUGUUCUUCCUUUGUUCCGGUCACACACUGAGGUUUCCCAUCCAUCCUGGUUACUCACGUUUCUCUCCAUUCUUCGGUCUGAAACUGCCGCUCAUGGAGCAGUUUUCAAAGAUGCCAAAAUAAAAAGGCGUUGUUCAA